AUCUUGCGUGUCAAAGUACGAGGUUUUGAACUGUCACCUUCUUGUGGUGGGAAUGAGGCAAAACAUUGAGAACGAGUUAUGUUAAGUAUGUAUGUUAUUGGAGUUCAUUUCGACGUUGGCUGAUGAUGGAUUCAAAUAAUUUCUUUUAUUUUAUAUACACAGUUUCUCAACAUUUAUAUAAAAUAUUUUAUAAACUUUUAAAAACGUAUCAUUACGCUCCACUCUGAUAUCAUUCCUUAGGCUUAAUUGGCAAUUUAGUUGGAAAUUUGUGCCAUCGGAAUGCUGUUUUCUACUUGUUUACAAUCAUCUGUGUUAAUGUUCAUCAUACUGCCGUCAUGAAUCAAUGUUUUGAUUGAUCAUGCUCAGGGCUUCUGCAAAUAGGCCGAUUACUCCUAAUAAAUUGGAAGCAGAAACUAAUCUGCUGCAUGGACAUUGGAGUAAAGCUGUCUACGAGAGCUUCUUUACAUCAUCUUCGGAUGACACUCUUGAUUUGACAAUCGAAGGAGGAUCGGACAACGGUCAGUUUCCAUUUAUUGGUUAUGUACCUGCUACAAAUCGAUCUAUAUCAAAAGGUGAUAUACUCUUAGAAGUCCAAGGCCAAAAAAUUGUGGGAUACACUCAAAGAGAUGUUUUGAAUUUGUUAAAGCACUACAUGAGAAAUGGUAAUUCCGUUCCAGUGAAAGCUGUCAAAGCAGGUUAUUUGACCAAAGAUUUGAGAAAUUUUUUAAAUACACGCUUCCAAAAGGGAUCAGUUGACCAUGACCUUCAAAAUACCAUCCGUGACAACUUGUAUCAGCGUACAGUUCCAUGUACUACACGUCCUCCUCGUGUUGGUGAAAUUAGUGGUGUUGAUUACACUUUUCUUAGUGUUGAAGAGUUCAUAGCAUUAGAGAGAAGUGGUAGCUUGUUAGAAAGUGGUAUUUAUGAAGGGAACCAUUAUGGUACUCCCAUGCCACCAAAGGAUAAUUAUCAUUCUCCUAUGAAGAGGAGCAAUUCAAUUGGCCCUUCUAACAGCUUAGUAUUACCAGGAGCUCAUGCUUCUUCUGAAGGAAAACGGAGACGUAACAGGUCAAAUGUGGAAGCUAUGGCAUCAAAAACUGCAGAUGUUAAUGAAUUUCCUGUACCAGUAAUAACAUGUAAUACGAGGUCUUCAACUCCAGUAUCUGGUUUUUCUUAUUUUGGCUAUCAAAAUUGUAAUUCUGUUACAACCACCGAUAGUUUACAGUGCUCAUCUGCAGUAUGUGAUUUAGGACCAUUGCCAGAGAAUUGGGAAAAAGCUUUUACAAGUAAUGGUGAACCUUAUUUUAUUGACCACAAUACAGGUACUUCACAAUGGCUUGACCCUCGAUUAUCCAGGAUUCAAAAGAAAACGAUUGAAGAUUGUGGAGAUGAUGAAUUACCUUUUGGAUGGGAAAGAAUCGAUGACCCUCAUUAUGGAACUUACUACAUUGAUCAUGUAAAUCGGCGCACACAAUAUGAAAAUCCUGUUAUUCAAGCUAGAAAAGGAAAUGAUAAUGUUUCAGCAGCUGAUAUCAGUCAUUCUUCAUCUUCAUGGCAUCGACAUUCUGACCAGACUAACCAUAGUAACCAUGCACAUAGUCUUCUAGCUGAUGUUCGGUCGGGUCAUUGGACCCGAAACAGCUCUUUAACUCAAACCUCCAAUUGCAGCAACUCUAAUGAUCCAAAUCCCCUAGCCAGCACUAAUAACAGUGAGUCUUUCCUAAUUGCUUCUUCAUCAGAUGGUAAUUCUUCCUCCUCUAAACCACCUCCUCCUCUUUCUUCACCUACUAAUAAUAUCUCUUCCUCUCCUGCUGCCACUCACCGCUUUCCUUACCUGCACUGUAUUCCUUGUCUUAAUGAAAAGCAUGAACCUUCUAAACAUUUAGCAGAUAGCAAGGUGGCGGAAGGCAACAUGGUAAUUGGUAAUGGUGCUGUUACCACUAAUCCUUCUACUAGCGAUUCUGGUAGCAGAAUGUGUGAUGGGCUUAAAGGGCAAUCAUCGGUUUCUACAGAAAGGAGUUCUUUGACACCUGGACGACAAAGUUUCUUUCAGAAUUCUGGCUCAAAUGACUUGUCACACAGACAUUCCAGUAUUUCAGACCACAAUAGUGCUUUUAAAUCAAAUAAUUUUUUUACUCGAAAUCCAGAGGAACUAUGUGGAACUUUUAUUACUACAUCUUUGGUAAAAAGUUCUAGAGGUUUAGGAUUCACUAUUGUUGGUGGUGGAAGUGGCACUGUUGGUGAAGAAUUUUUGCAAAUAAAAGAUGUUGUGCCAAAUGGUCCAGCUUGGUGUAAUGGUAAAUUACUUACAGGUGAUGUUCUUGUAAGAGUUAAUGGUGAAUGUGUUCUUGGAUAUACACAUGAGAACAUCAUUGCAUUAUUCCAAACAAUACCAGCAGGUGAAGUUGUGCAGUUAGAAGUUUGUCGUGGUUAUCCUUUACCAUUUGAUCCUAGUGAUCCAAACACUGAGAUUGUUACAACUGUUGCAGUCUCCCUUGCAAACAGCAGUCUUCCAAACAACCCAAAUGUAUAUUCUUUUAAAUCAGAGAAUUGCCAUUUACCUAACAAGUUGACAGAUAAUUGUGCCAAACCUACAGAUUCUAUGACACGAGCUGUUAAAUCCAUGCCUGAUUUAAGCUCUAAGUUAUCUGAUGUGUAUCAUCCAUCCAGAAAUAACAGUGCUGGACUUUUGAAUCCAUUUGUAGAAGAUAUGCCAAAUCAUGCAUCAAUUAGUGUUCAUUCUAGUUUUGCUAUGCCAGAAUUUUUAACUGUUGAGAUUAUCAAAGGAGCUGCUGGAUUUGGAUUUACAAUUGCUGAUAGCUCAUAUGGCCAGAAGGUGAAGAAAAUCCUUGACAGACCUAGAUGUAAGCAAUUACAAGAAAACGAUCUCUUGUGUGCAAUUAAUGGCCAUGAUGUCCGAGCACUUCCACAUACAGAUGUUGUUCAACUUUUGAAAGACUGCCCAUGUAAUGAGGCAGCUGAAAUCAUAGUUCAAAGGGGCGGAUUCUUUUCUCCAGCAAGAAAUAAAGGAAGAUCCAAGCGCUUGAGUGAAGAAGUAGCACAAUAUAACUCAGGAACUUUGAUUCAUUCUCCAUCUUUCAACAAUUCCCACCUACGGCUGAAUGGGAAAACUAAUGGCUCUUCGUACAGAAGUAAGACACCAACAGCAGAACUCUACAGUUCUAGAGAUAAGGAGCCAGUCAUGGUAGCAAGACCUAAGACUCCACUUGUGGAUACAAGAAACUGGUCAAUGUCUUCAUCAGAACAGCAAAAUAAUAAUGGAAACAAAUUUAUGCCAAAUUCAGAUCAUGAAGAGAACCCUUUAUAUAAUGCAACAUCUACUGAUUACAGCAUUUCCAAUCGGGAUUUAUUAGAAUGCAGUCCAGAAAGGCACGGAAAUCCUUCCUGGUAUUCAGACCAAGGACGAGGUCGGGACUGGCAUAAUCACAAUUAUAGGGACUCUUCACAUCUCAAUGAAGAAGAUGAUAGCUUUUCAAAAACUUUUGUGAAUAAUCCUCUAUCUGAUAAUGCUCAACAAAGUUUUACUCUGGGACUUCUUUCAAGAAGCACAUCUCAUGAAACUCCGCGAAAGCCGUCCAUUGAAACUAACAAAUAUUUUAAUAACUAUGAUUCUUGGAGAGAUAUGCAUCGUCAUGAUUCAAAUGUAAACAAUUUCAUGUUUCAACCUCUUUCAAAUGGGAAUAACUCUGGAUUAUUUAACAAUUCAUUGUUUUCCUUGAAUGAAGACAGGUUUUCCAACAGAAAUUCAAAUAGCAAUUUCAUGCAUAAUCAGUCUUUUUAUUCAUCAAAUGUACCAACGUAUCAUAUGCAGAGCCUGUCUCUUUCUAAUGUUGGUAGUUCAGGUAUUUCCUCAAUAAAAGAUUCUUUGCAGUAUAAUGAUAUGUAUAGCAACACAAUGCAGAAACAUUUUCCAAUUUCAACCUCAUCAAACACUUCCAGACUAGACCCACUUAUUCCUCGGAAGCAUGGGACAUCUUUCGAACAUGAACAGCCAAUGCCGUAUUUCAGCAAUGAUUAUAGAAAUGCAUAUCAAAAUUCUUUGUAUAAAGUAGAUGAAUCGAAAGAAAAUUGUAUUAAUUAUAUCGAUUUGACUGUUACAUUGCACAGACAAGAGAAUGGAUUUGGAUUUAGGAUUAUAGGUGGUACAGAAGAAGGUUCUCAGGUUGCUGUUGGUCAUAUUGUACCAGGAGGAGCUGCUGAUUUAGAUGGAACAUUAAAGUCUGGUGAUGAAAUAGUUGGAGUUAAUGGUCAGAGUGUUCUGAAUUCGCCUCAUCAUCAUGUUGUGCAGUUAAUGAGUGCUGCAGCUGAAAAUGGAAACGUAACUUUAAAUAUUCGGAGACCAUUAUUUACCCCAGAAAACUCCAAUUCCUCUUCAAAACCAAUUAAUGUUACUGGUCCUUAUGACGUGACUGUCACAAGGAAUGCAAAUGAAGGAUUUGGAUUUGUAAUUAUAUCAUCUAAAAGCAAAUCUGGUUCAACCAUAGGAAGAAUUAUAGAAGGCAGUCCAGCAGAACGUUGUGGCCUAUUGCAUGUUGGGGAUAUCAUAUUAGCUGUCAAUGGAAUCAGUAUUAUAAAUAUGUCUCAUGGAGAAAUUGUAAAUUUGAUUAAGGAUUGUGGCUAUAGUGUCACUCUUACUAUUGAUGAGGAAUCUAGCAAUGGUUCAUUAUCACAAAAGGGAGAUGAUGUAUCACUUGAUCAAGAAGAGUUUUAUCAAACAGUUUUCUUGCAGCGUGGUACCAAAGGAUUUGGUUUCAGUAUUCGUGGCGGUAAAGAAUUCCAUAAUAUGCCACUGUUUGUUUUGAGAAUUGCAGAAAAUGGUCCAGCACAACAAGAUGGAAAACUUAAGGUUGGAGAUCAAAUCAUUGAAAUUAAUGGAGUUUGUACUAAAGAUAUGACUCAUGCUGAAGCAAUUGAAUUGAUUCGUAAGGAAGGAAAUUCUGCGAGACUACUUAUUAAGCGAACGAAUUACACUCAUGGCAGUUUAGAAUGAAGAUUAAAAAGCAGAAGACUUCAUUAGCCUUAGAUAUGUUGUUGUAAAUCAAUUUUAAUCCAUUAUUUGAAUAUAAAUUGUGAUUUUAAACAAAAUAAUUAUUCUACAGUGUGUAUCAUAUGGGCAAAAAUUUAAAACUUAUUUGGCACAAGAUUCCAUUUAGUUUAUACAAUUAUUUUUUAUAAUAUUAUGUUUUGUACAUACUUUACAAAUUUUACAUUUAGUCAGUUUAGUAUUUUAUUUGUACUUAUUUUAUUCAUGUUAGAAAUCUGACAUCAUUUAGUGUACAUAUGUUAAUAAUUAAUAUGUUAAUUUUUAGGUUGGUGAAUCCAACACAUAUCAAAAGCACUUUACAUUAGCUUGUAUGUAGAGUUGUUCAUAAAAUUAUUCAUAUUUUUCUACUCUUGUAUUGACAAUAGUAUGUUAAUUUGUUCUUGGUUUGGUUGUAAAAUUAGAUGACAAUGUUGUAGCAGUAAGCAUUCCAUUUAUUUGAAGAGUUUUUAUUAGAAGUAUUUAUUAUAUAUGAAAUAUUUUUAUUUGAUAUUAGGUGAACUGUUUAUACAUUUAUUGUUUAUCAAUUAUGUUUUUUUAAAAACUUUUUGGGUAUUUAUUUAUUGAAGCUUUCUGUUUUUUUUUUUCUUAGGUAUUAGUAAAAAUUUUGAAUUGUAUUAAAAUUGUAAUCACAGUUUUAAAUUUUAAUUUAAGAAAAACAGAAUUAAAAUAUUGAUAUGAAUUUGUAUAUUUCAUAAAAAAUAUAUAAAAUAUCAAGACUAAAAAAUUCAAUUUUUGUUUUAGUUGCUAUCAAUUUAUUUGCUAAAUCUUUAUAGAUGUUUUUUUUAUUUUUUUAAUGCAAAUGGAAAAUUGUAAACUAUGCCAGCCUUAGGUCUUAGUCUUUAAUAAAAUUUAAUAAAAUACUCAUAUCAGUUUUCGAUUUAUUUCAUAUCUGCUGCUUGGUCACUAAAUUUUUUUUUGUCAGAAGUCUGUAUGUUAAAAGAGAAUCUGAAAUGGCAUUUUACUUUUGAAAUACACUUUCCUUCCCAUUUGGGAAUUAGAUGAAUUUAUUCCAUUCAUCUAACAAAUCAUAACUACAAUUAAGUCUUUUCCUAAAAGAAUAUUACAACUUCAGAAUUAAUAAUAUAAAGUUCUGAUAAUUGGUAAUUACAGAAUUUGUCAAUGAAAAUAGAUUUAUAUAAUUGAAAGUUAAUUUUCCAAAUUAAUGUUUCUGUUGCAUAAUAAUUAAAAAAAAAUUAACUUUCAAGUUUAUCACAGUAAAUUGAAGUUAAAUAUUUUUUUAUAGUUAGUAAUUUCAUAUUAAUUGGUAUUGGUAAAUAAAUAUACAUAUGCAGUAUUAAGAAAUAGAAAUACAUCUGUUUCAAACUACAGUCAAAUAUAGUCUUAUGCUAUAAUUCUUAUCAUAAUUAUAUACAUCAUUAACAUUUUUUUACAAUAAAAAAUGUUUAAUUGUGUUUUAAGAAUUUAUUUUUUUAAGUGUAAUUAAUUUGUCUAACGUAACAAAAAUGAAAAAAAUUAUUUUAUGAACAAAAGAUAUUAUAUGGAAAAUAUUAUCUACAAAUGUGUUUUGUGUUCACAUUUUGCACUGUUUAAAGAUUACACAUUAUACCUGUUACUCGUUAAAUGCAUUUAAUAAAAUUUCUGCUUUUUAUGAAGUAUAAUUUAAAAUAUUUAUUCAUGAAAAAUUUGUAUAAUAGCAGCAAUCAUUCUUCUUUUCUGUGUAUAGAAAAAGAGCACUGGUUUUACAGAAGUAUUUAUUAUAUGCUAUAUAUAAGAGUUUUUUCAUGGUAGGGCUAUUUUUAUAGAAAAGAUAUUGAAACGAUGAAAUCAUUUGAUGACCAGUGAUAAUUUUAUUAAAUAAUUAUUGCGUGAUGGAAGAAAAUAUUUUUAAAAUUGUAGUUUGUAAUUUUGUCUUCCAAUCUGUGAUAACAGAAUGAUUGAAUUACAUUCCUUAAUUAUUUAGAUCUUGGAGAUAUUUUGAUUUUUUUUAAUUGCACAGUUUCCCACUGUCCAUUAUUGUUUUAAAGUUAAUUUAUUUUUUUAAUAUUUAUUUGGAGAAAAAAAUGCAGGACUUGAAUUUUCAAGUAUAUAUAUAUUUUUUUCUUGAUUUUAAUUAUUAAAUUUUGUUUGUAAUUCGUGCUAGUUUUGUUCUUUUUAACUGAGAAUUUUGAACUAUCAGAUGUUUACCAAUAUUUUAUCUUUUGAGAAUGGCUUGGCUCAUUUUAUUACACAUUUUUCUUUUAACUGAAAUUUCAGCCAAAUUCUAUUUGCCAAAAAGUAAUUGUAAGAAAUUGUUGACUUGAGGAGGGGGAUGCAGAUGUGUCUUGUUUUUGUUAAUGUUUUUAUUUACAGUACAUCAUUUACAUUUUUGUAAUAUAUAUACAUUUGUUAUUUUGUCAGAGCCGUAACAUUUAACAUGUUGUCUGGUAUUUAAUGUAAAUGGUUUAUGUUAAAAUAUUGUUAAGGUUUUUAAUUAAAAGUGUUUAUUCAUUAUUCAUAACAAAAUUUGUGUUCUUUUAUAGGAAUUGGUGCCUUUUAUCUAUUUUUUGUGAAGUAUUUUUAUUUCAAGUGUUUGUUUUUUAGUUUACGUUUGUUUCUUUAAAUUGUGUAAAACAAUUCCGUCUGUACA